AUGCUCAACACACACCAAACCAAGGACAGUUCUGAGUCUUUGACCAUUUCUCCGUUCAGAAGAGAAACGCUGAAGAGGAAGAAGAAAAUGAUGAUGGCAAGAUCAAAUGCAGUAAGAGCACCCACCUUUUUCAAGGUUCUUGUAGAUGACUUCUCCACCCAGUUGCAAAUCCCGCUGGCUUUUCUCGUGCAUUUUGAUGGAAAGGUACCUCAAGAGACCCAUCUUCAGACCCCAGGUGGAACUUGGCCUGUUAGUCUGGAAAAACGUAAUGACAGGUUCUUUUUCCAAAAGGGUUGGAAGGAAUUUGUGCAGGACAAUGGUUUCCAGCUUUGUGAGUUCCUAGUUUUUCGAUAUUAUGAAAAAUUGGGAUUCUAUGUUGACAUAUAUGGAAGAAAUGGAUGCAAAAAGGAGUUUGUGGCGGUUAUUAGGAAGAGGGACAGACCUCAUGAGGAGGCACAUGGCAAUGCAGUUCACAGAAAGACACCAAGAAAUCAUGGAAAGCAGAAUGUAGAUAACCAAAGCCGAAAGGGCUUGGCUCAUGGAACUGGGACUAGUCGUGCGACUCAUGCCAAUAUUCAAAUCAAAGAUGAAGUAACUAAUGAUAGAGAAUAUGAAUUAUCGAUGCAUCGAAGGGCUACAAGAACUGAGAAUGCUGUUACUCUUCAGAGAGGCAAUGGUUUUGAAUAUCGAAACCCUUUUUUCAAGGUUCCACUGCGGUUCUCAUAUACCCAUUAUGGUUAUCUGGCUUUGCCAGGUAUGUUUGUCAAGGCACAUCUCACUGAGAGGCCUUCUGAUGCUACCCUUCGGGUUUCUGAUGGGAGAAUUUGGCCUGUUAAAGUUGGAUUUGAUGUAGCUGGACACUGCAGAUUCCUUAGCGGUUGGAGUCUAUUUGUGAAAGACAAUGGUUUAGAAAUUGGUGAUAUAUGUGUCUUUGUCUUGAUUAACAAGAUUGAGUUUUUGUUUGAAGUUGUUCUUCACCGCAAGAUAGGAGCUGUGAGUCCUACCUUGUCACCAGUUUUAUGGAAGACAAACUGCAGCGGAGGAUCAAUUUGAGGUACGAAAUCAAGAUAGAAGUAUAAUAUAUGAAGCUUCUUCUGAUGAAAUGCCUCCUGCAAACGAAGGCCAAGCAUAAGUAUUACAAGGCCAGUUUACUAUAUGUAUAUUUUGUCUUUUGUUGUUAUUUUACCACCUGUCCACUGGCUCGUCUAAAAGAACAGUAAUGUACCAUAUCAACCACUUAAUUUCGAUAUCCUUAUGUGUUUCAUUGAACAGAAGGGGACA